GUGAAUAAAAAUCAAUAUCCUUUCUCUUAUGCACUAGGUGUCAUUGCUGCCACAAGACCAAAGCUGCAAACUUUCUGGAAAUAUGCAAAAGUUGAACUUCGCCCACCAUCACCAUCAGAGAUACCCCAAAUCAAGAGAGAGAUUCAGAAUCUCCUGGUAGCUGCCAAAGAGCGGCGAUGGAAGCAGCUCACAGUCCAAGAAGCAUGGUUGAAUACACUGGUGACUUUGGAAGUUGUGUUCUGCUUUUUCAUUGGAGAGUGUUUGGGGAAGAGACACUUUGUAGGAUAUGAGGUGUGAAUUGAGUCCCCAUUCUAAGUUCUAGACUGUGUUAGCUGUCAGCUUCCUCUGCAUAGGAUGCACAUUAUAUGUUUGUGUAUAUGAAUAAAGCAUCUGUCUUGAGAAAAGGAGAAACA